AUGUGGUUCAAGCAGUCCCUUUCGGCCCUGUGGCUGGCCGCAAUCGCCCUGGGCACCGCAAAGGCGGACGAUGGAGAAGUCAAGAGCAUUGCUCUCCGAACGCACUCCCUGAACCAGCCCUAUCUCGAUUCCGACAUGGCAAGUCGGUGGUACGAUUUUGGCGGAGACACCAUUAUCCGGACGGACUCCUAUAUCCGAUUGACGUCCGACCGCCCGUCGCAGACCGGCUGGCUCUUCUCGAGAGUGCCUCUGACGGCGACCAAUUGGGAGAUUGAGUUCGAGUUCAAGAUCCACGGCAAGAACCAGCUCUACGGCGAUGGCUUCGCCAUGUGGAUCACCAAGAACCGCGGCCAGGCGGGCCCCGUCUUUGGCAGCCCUAACAACUUUGACGGCCUCGGCAUCUUCUUCGAUACAUACAAGAAUAACCGGCCUGGCACCGUUUUCCCCUACGUGAUGGCCAUGUUUGGCGACGGCAAGACCUCGUACGACAAGGACAAUGACGGCAAGAACACGGAGCUCGCCGGCUGCUCCGCGCGCGGCAUCCGCCACGCCAGCGUGCCCACCAAGGCCAAGGUCACGUACUUCCAGGACAAGCUGCUCAAGCUGGAGCUGCAGUACAAGAGCGAGGGCGACUGGACCCUCUGCUUCGAGACCAGCGAGCCCCCCGCCAUCCCCCAGAUCGCCUACCUCGGCUUCAGCGCCGAGACGGGCGAGCUCAGCGACAACCACGACAUUAUCUCGGUGCAGGCCAAGAACCUCUACACGACGCAGACCGGCAAGGGUACCACUAAGACGACCCCCGGAAGCGGCAAGGGCAAGAAGGGAUCUUCGAUCAAGAAGGAUAGCAGCGGCGGCAGUUGGACGUGGACUUUCUUCAAGAUCUUCCUCUUCUUUGGCGUCCUCGGUGGCGGCUACGUCGGUUACACUGCCUGGAGAGCAAAGAACGACAAGAGACAUCGUUUCUAA